AUGAAUUCCUCAGCAUUUUCUUCCUUGUUCUUCGCCCUUUCCUUGAUCCUCAUUUCUCAUGUGCCUUUCCCAACAUCAGGCGCCAACUUAAUUGAAUCUGUAUGCAAUGAUGCGAUGGAGGACCAGGUUGCUUGCCUUCAACUUCUCCAAUCCGAGCCACGAUUCGCCACGGCGAAAAACUAUGUUCAUCUCUCGAAGAUGAUCCUUGAGAUGGGGGUGAAGAAGGGUGAAAAAGUCCAGAAUGAGCUAAAGGAGAUGAUGAUGAAAAACCCUUCACCAGCCAUCACACAAUGUGCAACUACCCUUUAUGAUGGGGUGGUUGGAUCAUUCAAAAGCUCAUUGGGAGAAAUGAAAGAGGAUGGUUUAACAGCAAAUUAUGAUGCAAAAGUUGCUGGUGAUGGACCUGCCACAUGCGAUAGAGCCUUGGCUGCAGCAAACAUUGUCAAUCCCACAAUUUCUGCCCUAAACAAGGAGAUCUUGUUGAUUAGCAAAAUUGCAUUUCUGGCCACCAACGAGCUUCCCGAAAGCCCAUAA